GCUGCCAUGGCGACCCAGGGGGACCCAGAGGAGGAGCAGGUGGUCCCAAGCGAGGAGGAUGAAGCAGACGUCAGGGCGGUGCAGGCCCGGUACCUGCGGAGCCCCUCUCCCAGCCAGCACUCCAUGGGCUCCGAGGCGGAGACAGAGAGCAUUUUCAUGGAGCCCAUUCACCUCUCGUCAGCUGUUGCUGCCAAGCAGAUCAUCAAUGAAGAAUUCAAGCCACGGGGGCUGAAGGCAGAUGCAGAAUGCCAGGGCAUGCUGGAGUCUGCAGAGCAGCUGCUGGUGGAGGACCUGUACAACCGCGUCAGGGACAAGAUGGAUGACACCAGCCUGUACAACACACCCUGCGUCAUGGACCUGCAGCGGGCCCUGGUACAGGACCACCGAGAGACCCCCUGGAAUGAGGUGGAUGAGGUCUGGCCCAAUGUCUUCAUAGCUGAGAAGAGCGUGGCUGUGAACAAGGGGAGGCUCAAACGACUGGGAAUCACGCACAUCCUGAAUGCUGCCCAUGGCACCGGCGUCUACACAGGCCCCGAAUUCUACACUGGCCUGCAGAUCCAGUACCUGGGUGUGGAAGUGGAUGACUUCCCCGAGGUGGACAUCUCCCAGCACUUCCGGAAAGCUGCCGAGUUCCUCGAUGAGGCCCUGCUGACCUACCGGGGGAAGGUCCUGGUCAGCAGCGAGAUGGGCAUCAGUCGCUCGGCCGUGCUGGUGGUGGCCUACCUGAUGAUCUUCCACGACAUGGCCGUCCUGGACGCACUGCUGACUGUGCGCAGGAAGCGGGCCGUGUGUCCCAACGAAGGUUUCCUGAAGCAGCUGCGGGAGCUCAAUGAGAAGCUGAUGGAGGAGCGGGACGAGGACUACCAUGACGAGGAGGACGUGGCUGAGGAGGGUGAGGCCACCGGGAGCACGCUGGGGGCCCGAGUGCAGACCCUCACGGUGGAAGAGGACGAUGACCUCACCAGCGUCCUGAGCGGCUCCUCCCUGGGCCAGGCCAGCCGGGCCUCCAAGCAGCCCACCCUCAUUGACGAAGAGGAGGAAGAGAAGCUGUACGCCGCCUGGAAAAGGGGGCAGAGCCCGGGAGCAAGCCAGGGAGGGGAGCAGCCCCAGGACGGGGAUGGGGAGGACGGGGACGUGGAGAGGGUCAUCCAGGAGUGGCAGAGCCGGAAUGAGAGGUACCAAGCACAGGGGCACAGGCAGCAGUGGGACAGGGAAGAGGAGGAGGAGAACGAGGCAGGCAGAAGACGCAGGCACACACUGAGCGAGAGCAGCACGAGCGAGAGCCUGCACGUGCUGAAGCAGCAGCUGCAGAGGAGCAGCCAGGGCACAGGUGCCAGGCGCCGCUCCGACUCCGUGUCCACCGACAGCACCUGGGAUGUGUGGAACGAGCGCCUGCAGGAAAUCGAGCAGGAAGCUUCCCGCAGCUACCAGCGCCGGAGCCGGAGGGAACAGAGUGCCAGCGACUGGGAGGCAGGCAGCAGCAGCAGGAUGCGGGAGGAUGAUGAGCAGAGCGUGUGCUCCGAGGCCAGCUCCUUCUAUAAUUUCUGCAGCAGAAACAAGGACAAGCUCACCGCCCUGGAGAGAUGGAAGAUCAAGAGAAUCCAAUUUGGAUUUCACAAGAAAGACUCGGAGGCGGGAGACAGCAGCAGCGAACAGGGAGCGCAGGAAGCAGAGGGGGCGAGGCAGCCGUCUGAUGUGGACCUCACAGCCUACCAGGCUUGGAAGCUGAAACAUCAGAAACAGGUAGGCAAUGAGAACAAGGAGGAGGUGGUGGCGCUCAGCAAGGGAGAGGACUCAGUCCUGGCCAAGAAGAGGCAACGAAGGCUGGAGCUGCUGGAGAGAAGCAAGCAGACGCUAGAGGAGAGUCAGUCCCUGGGCAGCUGGGAGGCAGACAGCUCCGCAGCGAGCGGCAGCAUCCCGCUGUCCGCCUUCUGGUCGGCAGCGCCCUCCGUCAGCGCUGAUGGCGACACAGCAUCAGUCCUCAGCGCACAGAGCCUCCGCUCCCACCUGUCCCAGGCCUCCAACCCCACCACACCCCUGCCUAACCUGCCGCUGGGGCCCGGAGACACUAUUUCCAUCGCCAGUAUCCAGAACUGGAUCGCCAAUGUGGUGAGCGAGACCCUCGCUCAGAAGCAAAAUGAGAUGCUGCUACUGUCCCGCUCGCCAUCCGUGGCCAGCUUGAAAGCAACGCCAGUGGCCGGCUGCCUGGGGGAUGACCAAGUGUCCAUGCUCAGUGGACAGAGCAGCUCUUCCCUGGGUGCCCGUGUCCCGCUCCAGAGCCAGGCCACAGCCAGCUGCGACACACAGUCGGUUCUGUCCUCCAGCUCUGCACGGGGCCCCAGGGCAGAGGGCCCUGGGGGAAGAGUGAGGGGGACCAGCAAGCCCAUCUACAGCCUCUUCGCUGAUGAUGUGAACCUAAAGGAGCUGGACCGGAAGGAGAAGGAGAUGCAAAUGGAGCUGAGGGAAAAGAUGUCUGGGUACAAAAUGGAGAAGCUAGCCUCCGACAACAAACGCAGCUCCCUUUUCAAAAAGAAGAAGGUCAAGGAGGAUGAUGAGCUCGAUGGCCUGGGAGACAGGGAUGAGGACACAGAUAGUGCCAUCGGGAGCUUCCGAAACUUUUCCCGCAGUAACUCCCAAAAGCCCGAGACGGACACCACGUCCUCCCUGGCUGCUUCCCAUCACAGAGAGGAGGUCAGCAGAGCCGGCAGAGAGGUGGAUGGCAGCAUCAACAGGUGGCUCAGCGGCCUCAGGACAGAGGACAAGUCCCCUCCCCAGAGCGACUGGUCAGGCAGCUCCCGGGGCAAGUACACCAGAUCAUCUCUGUUCCGUGAGACCGAGUCUAAGUCCUCCAGUUACCAGUUCUCCAAAUCCCAGUCCCAGGAGCAGGACACCUCCUCCUACCAUGAGGCCAACGGCAGCUCAGUGAGAAGCUCCUCGCGGUUCUCCACCUCCUCCACCAAGGAGGGCAGGGAGACGCACAAGUUCUCCAGGUCCACGUUCAGCGAGACCUCGAGCUCCCGAGAGGAGAGCCCAGAGCCCUACUUCUUCCGCAGAACCCCCGAGCCCUGCGAGGGCGAUGAGUCCCCGGAGCUGCUGCGCCCCAACUGGGCCAGACCCAGGGGAGACUGGGAAGACGUGGAAGAGUCCUCUAAAUCGGAUUUCUCCGAGUUUGGGGCCAAAAGGAAAUUUACCCAGAGCUUCAUGAGGUCUGACGAGGAGGGAGAGAAGGAGCGAAGAGAGAACAGAGAGGAAGGGAAGUUUGCCUCCGGGCGGCGGUCUCAGUAUCGGAAAAGCACCGACAGGGAGGAAGAGGAAGAAAUGGACGAUGAGGCCAUUAUUGCCGCUUGGAGACGGCGGCAGGAAGAAACCAAGACAAAGUUGCAGAGGAGGCGGGAGAACUGAGCCCGGCCUCGCUCCGGGGACCCCUGAGGACCCCGGGA